CUCUCCAUCUCUCUCUGCACAGGCACACCACCAGCUUCCCUCGAAAGGACCUCGAUUUCCCUUGUUUUCUUACCCUUGCAGUUCGCGCAUAUCUCUCUCUCAGAUCGUCCUCGUACCUCUGCCGUCUUCGACGCCUUCACUGGCUCGCCGGCGGCGGCGAUGGCCCACCGGAAGGUCCUCUCCGCCGAAGCCCCCACGGCGUGGGACUCCACCUGCCUGAGCUCCUGCGACUCCUGCCCGAGCUACUGCGGCUCGUCCUGCUGCUACGUGUACUCCUCCCCCCCGCCCCCCGUUUCGCCCUACUUGCCUCCGGUUCCGUCCCGCACGCCUGGCUCCGACCGCGGAGGAGGGUCCAGCGCCUUGCCGCCCGCCGUCAUCGUCGUCAUCGCCCUCCUGGGCGGCAUCUUCCUCCUCGUCAGCUACUACUUCAUCAUAGCCAAGUCCUGCCUCAUCCGCCGGCGGGGCCGAUCCCGCGGCCGCACGCCCCCGGACGGCGGCGAGGGAGGCGGGAGCUGGGAGGAGGAGUUCGUGGAGGAGGGCCGCGUGGACCACCCGAUAUGGUACAUCCGGACGGUGGGGCUGAGCCCCGCGGCGAUCAGCGCGAUCGCGGAGUACGAGUACCGGAAGGGCGAGGGCCUGGUCGAAGGGAGCGACUGCACGGUGUGCCUGAGCGAGUUCAGCGACGGCGAGGCGCUGAGGAUUUUGCCCAAGUGCGGCCAUGCCUUCCACGUCCCCUGCAUCGACGCGUGGCUGAGGUCGCACACCAACUGCCCCCUCUGUCGCGCGGCGAUCGUCGUCCCCGUCCAGCUCCCCCUCCCUCCUCCCGAGCGUCUCUCCCAGCGCCUCGACGGCGGCGGCGGCGGCGGCGGCGGCGAUCGCGCGGCGGGCGCCGUCGUCGGCGGAGGCGAAAACAGCAAUGGAGCUGGAGCAGGGGAAGGAGUCGAACCCGGAGAACCCAACGGCGGUGGAUUGCCGAAGGAGAUUGAGGAGGUCAGUGGUCAGAACGGUCAACUGGGUUUGGUGGUCAUGGAGGAAGAGGAAGGGGUUGUUCCGGUGAGAAGGUCGUUUUCGGUGGAUUCUCCAUUUCUGGUGAUCGAAUUCCCCGGAGGUUCGGAACCCGAAUCGUCCAACGCGAACACGAGCGAGGCGAGACGGAUCGACGAAUCUCAAUCCUCGGCGGAUCGUGCCGGCACAAGCUCUCGACCCGCAGGGAGGUCGCAAUCAUGGAGCGGGAGGCUUUUCAUGCCGAGACCCAACAGUAACAGCCGGAACUCGUCAAACUCGAAUCUUUCCCGGUAAUUCCGACCGCCCCUGCUUUUUACUCUUCUGGGUUUUUCUUCCAAGUUCGAUUGGAGAGCACAGAGAUAUCUGCAACCCCGUCGAGAAUCGCGGGUUCGUCCCUACUGAUCAAUUCACGAGACGACGCUUAGCUGAGAAAUGACCCCAGUAUCUGAUCCAUUGCGCCGGGGUUUUUUUUUUAGUACCUUGAGAACGAAACAGAGAACUGGAAAUUCAUUUUCACUUAUAUGGCUAUACGAUGAUUAAACUUAAAGAGAUGGAAUAGACAGAAGUAAACAUGUUAAUCAUUCUCUCUGA